AUGGCCUUCACUGCAUCAGAUAUCUGUAAAAUCAUCUUUGCCAUCAUCCUCCCGCCUCUUGGUGUCUUCCUUGAGCGUGGUUGCGGAGCCGAUUUGCUCAUCAACAUCUGUUUAACGAUCUUGGGUUAUAUUCCCGGCAUCAUCCAUGCUCUCUACAUUAUCCUCAAGUAUUAA